AGGGUCAGUCAUACUGCGAUGUGAUUGGCCGAGGGCUGGCCUAAUACUGCCAGCUGAUUGCCGAUAUUGAUGGCAAAGUUAGACGAGCACGGUAUUGAUCGUUGGGCUGGUUCCUGCAACUGCCAACUCUCGUCUUGUUGCCACUUGGGCAGAUGGCCUCGUCUUCUGUGGCUGCCGGACUGCACAAAGGGUUUUUAAAACGGCUCAUCAUUUUGUUGCACAAGUCGUGAGAGUUACAGGGUAAUUGUCAGGCACAGCUAAUGUGACCACCUACUUUCUUGUGAGGCGAUCACCCGUGAAACACCAGCAUCUGUUGUUACACGUGACUAUUCCUGGUUGUAAGGAGCACUGUGUCAAGGUGAUCUUGUGAUGUGCUGAGCAGGACUGAGUGAAGGAUACACACGAUUCUGCAUCCAGGAUAUGCUGUAACGUCUGACACAAUUUGUGGAUUACUACUAUGACAAAACAUCGCUGUGAGUGUCGGAGUAUCGCCGUCAAGUACAUGUGUGGUAGUGCGGCAGUGAGCAAGAUGGCCGUGGUGUUUGUGUUGGUCAGCCUCAUGCUGGCCAGUGUGGGACAUUGUAGUAUAAGUGUGGUGGAUUCUAACGAUAUUUGGGGAAUAAGUAGCCAUGGAUCUAGAACUGGUGACGACUCAUCGGUGUCGCUGAUGUGGGGUGUUGCCGAUACGACAGCCUCAGUCGGACACUUCUUCAACUACACCAUUCCACAAGAUGCUUUCAAAGGAAACGGCCUCCAAUAUAAAGUGAUGGAAGCUGGCAAGGACUCGUUACCACGUUGGCUGGUCUUCUCCCCGAAGAAGCAGCUACUCAAGGGAUUGCCUACAUCCAGUGACCUUGGGCAGUACAACAUCGAGGUGGUUGCCGUCGGACUCAAUGGUGAACAGGCCAAGGACAUAUUCUCCAUCUUUGUGAACGAGGACACUGGACCAGCUGCAGGUUCAACUUUACGAUUCAAGGAAGGUGGCCCGAAAACUGUUCGUUGUAAGAGAUCCGAGCCGGAGACUGCUGUGAGCAUUGUGGUUGAUGUUGAUGUUGAUAAUCUGGGUGCGCAGGAAAGGCUUGCCAUCCUCACAAAACUUGUAUCUCAUCUGAACCUUGCCGAAGAUAUGGUGAAGCUCAGUCAGGUUGGACAGAAGCCUUUGACAGACGCCUCAGCUCUGGUGUCUGGUGCUGGUGAUGCCAAAACUCUCCAGACUCCAGGAUCGUUUGUGUCAUGGCUGGUCGGAUGUGGCAGGGUACAGCAGGACCAUAUGCAAGCCCUCCAGCAGGUGGAGACAGACUCCAGUAAUGGUGUCAUGGCCGAUGCCAUUGGCUACCCAAUCCAUGUCUGGCAUGUUACAAACAGCAGGUUUCAGGAACACAAGAGGCGGAAGAGACAGGCCAUACGGGCAACUGCUACCCCGGCCGUCACACCCACCCUGCCUAUAAGAGGUCCCACUGACACCAUCCGAGCUACAGGCACGGAGCAGGAUGCCAUGACACGACCUGUGCCCACACUUGACUCGCCAUCAUUCGGCAUCCAGCCAACAAAGACAAUGGCACCGAUGGAGAAGACUGCCAGUCCUGUGAUGCCCACAAAGGUUCCUGGUGGCAUGAAACCUUCUGUUGUUAUGCCAGAAGAGAAGCCUAUGACAAAGACACAGGUUUUGCCAACCAAGACAUAUGUGAUGACUGAUGUGAUGCCUUCAAAGUCUGUGCCAAUGCCUACUGAUGCUCCAACUAGAAAACCAGAAUCUGGAGCCUGCAGGGAUCUAGUGCCUGUUGUCAAGGAACCAAUGAAGAACAUGAUGUACUCUGUAGGCGAAGUCAUUAGGUACAAGAUCCCUGAGAAUACGUUCUAUGACUGCAGAGUUGGAAAUACCAGAAAACUAAGACUGCUUCUGAUGGCCAACACCACAACUGCUCUUCCGUCUGAUUACUGGAUCAAGUUUGACAUGAAGAAGCAGCUGAUCCAAGGAUUGCCUUUGGAGGGGAACAUCGGCAAACACCUGUUUAACCUGAUCGGUUAUAACGCUGACCAAGCAGACACCGUUGCCAAGACUGCCUUCAACAUCACAAUUAUACCAGACCCAAGGUCAGCAUCUGGUCAACUCAACCAUGAAGUCUCUAUGACUCUUGACUAUGAUUUUGAGAAGUUUUCUAGCAGUACUGAAAACAAGAUCAGUUUUCUGAAUAAAGUAGCCAAGCUUAACGGUGAGCGAAAUGCUAAAAAUUUUAAAAUGAACAGUGUCACGAAAGGUUCAACUGUUGUGUCCUGGACCAACACUGAUCUUGCCUCCCCAGAUUGUCCUGUUGAUCAAAUAAAGGCUAUGAUGUCCAAGUUUGUCCAGGAAGAUGGAUCACUGAACAAAGAAGCGAUAAGAGGCAUGAAACCUUUUAACCUGAAGGGCGUUGGAGUGGUUCCGCUUGGAGCUUGUGAAAAUGACCCCAACUUCCCUGUCCUACCAGGAACCAAAGAUGACACGGAUGACCCUUCAUCACCAGAUGGGACGGACACAACCGACGACACAUCGGUAGAUGAGAACCCACCAGUUACACCGGAACCUGAACCAACCACGACUGAGGGUGUGAGGGCAGGAUCUGCAGGCGGUGCUCAGUCAGACGAUAUCUGGAUUACAACGGUGGUGCCAGCUGUAGUGAUUGUAGCCAUCUUGCUGCUGGCUCUCCUCAUCGCUUGCAUCCUGUACAGAAAGAAGAGGAAGGGAAAGAUGAACCUGGAGGACCAGAACACAUUCGUAAACAAGGGCGUACCAGUAAUAUUCCAAGAUGAACUGGAUGAAAAGCCUACAGAUAGUAGCAAGCCUUUGUUAAUGGAAGGACAGCCCCCCUGUCCUCCUCCAGAGUAUCAGAGAGGUGAUAGUCAAGGCUCCACUCCUCCUGUGAAUCAUAAACAACCUCAGUUUGAUCAUGAUGACCAUAUAGAGGACACGAACGUCACUUCGCCGCUGUACCAGCCGCCACCACCAGUUACUGCAUCCAGCGGCAACAAGCAGCCCCGCCCACACGUACCCCAACCAGCAUACCGCAGCCAACCUCCCUCCAUCCCACCAUAAACUCUCCCUCAUCUCCGAGAGGUGUCGUCAGAAGAUUGAGGAACAACACAGGGGUGUGGAUUUGUUGAGGAUUGUUAUUGUUUAAGAACUAUGCAUUGCCUUGAACAGACUUUGGGGUCGUGGAGCAGUUUCUUCAUUCUUCUUAUCAGGAUCCUGAUUCUGACAAAUUUCAAUUGUACAGCAUUGUUUGAAAUAUUGCACAUACCAGUGUAACAGCUGAAAGAAAUCUUGGAGAUGAAAUUGUACCCUAGCAACUUGAAAUAUCAGUGCUUUACUUGUGGUGGGACACUAAAUCUGCAUGCAUUAUUGAUCAUGCCAUUUAUGCCUUAUGAGGAGACAGUGACUUCAUGGUUCUUAUAUGUUAAAGCUGGGUGUCGCUGAACUGAGGAGAAACUGUGGCUUCCAAGUUGUUGCAUAUCUGCAUGGAGGAAGCCUUGUGGAUACAUGCAGGGACUGAUGACGGUAGACUGUAGUACCUGACUCGGGUCAGCCAUGUGUAACGUCAGUGUUGUCUUAGUCAUCUCAGGAGAUUGUUAUAAUACUCAACCUGUAGCGGGGGGACUAACUAAUUGGAUGGCAGAACUGGACUCAAGAGUCACUCAAUGGAGUUUUCUUACUGUAGGUUUUAGCUUCAAAAGAGGAUUUUAACAUUGUUUUUUUAGAAUGUUUUCUAAUCAUAUUUGUUGUUAUGACAUCAGAUUAUUUUGAUAAAAUUGAUAUUUGAUACUGCUGAAAUUGAAUCGGAAAAAAAGCUCAUUGUCAUGAUCUGUGGUGUUCUGCCUGCAGCAAGUCAACAAGCAAGAGGUACAAUCUAAAUCAUGGUUCAGUUGAAGCUUGUGAGCUCAGUCACAAUGUGUCCAACAAUCAGAUGGGGUAUGAAAUCCAGUGGUAGGUUGAGUUAUGUUUACCAAUGCAAGCAUUUAGUCUGCAAUUGUGUGUAUUAUCUACUGUCAGCAUAGAAAGCUAGCAGCACUGUAGAAUGUGUUCUGUUGUAGAAGAAGCCUUGACCUUUAUGGGCAAUAGAACAUGACCUUUGACCAUAACGUGACCAUUUGUUAAAAAGAGCUGAAAAAAUUAUUUCAUGUGAAAAAUUCAUAUAGUUUUUUGGGGGGGAUUUAUGCUAUUUUACUGUAAUGGUCAAGGUUUGCCUGCAUAAUAAGAUGACAUAUUAUGUCAGGUACAGAAUAAUAACAUGUCACCAGCCGCUGAGGCUGUCAUUGAUUUCAGUUGGUGCAGGUCUAUGUACAUAGAAUCAUUAAUCAUUGUGAGUGUACCUUGUUUACGCUUAUAUAGUACACAGAUUGUAUAGAUCCUACUUGUUGCAUCCCCUGUCUGGAGGGUGGACUGAUCACGUACUUCAGUCCAGCCUCACUGAUAGGCUCCCUUCACUGUUUAUUAUCAGACAAGGCACAGUGUUGAGUGUAAGUUUUGAAAUCAUGCCUAGUUUAUUAAUCAAUGUCAUCAGUGUUUGUAUGUUCCUGUAUUUAUUUCAUAACUGAUGAUGUUGCAAUAUUGUGCCAAUAUAUCGACUGACUUCAUUAUCUGCUUGUCAUAGUGUCAUUUAGCUGUCUUUAGCUUAGCUUUUUUUCACACGUCUUGAUUCUCAAAUCUUCCCUUCUUCAAGGUCACUGUACUUGGUGGAAGGUCAGGGGUGAGAAUCAGUUUUGAGAUUUUGUUCACUCAGGUAUGCUAACAUGCCCAAGUAAUACAAGCAUAAUGUGCUCAUGUGUUGGUAUCCAUAGUAACGCAGAUAUUAGCGCAAAAUGACAGGUAAGAUUUUUUUCCCAAAAUAUUUUAUCAAACUUGGGACAUUUAUUCUAAUUUAUUUCAUGUGUUGAAUGCAAGGUGGCUCCAGCAUUUGUUUCUUUUGAACUAAUAAACCCAGCAUUUAUGAGUUGGCAGAGUCAUUUUAUUUUGCUAAGGCCAGUUCCGUCUGUGUAUAGACAGGUGUCAGCACUGAGAACAGUGCGUCCCCUGGCCACAGUGACCAGACAAUGGACGUUGAAUCCUAAACUUGAGCAAAUACAGGUGUAUGAUUGUAUCGGAUCAGUCAUUUUAAUGGAGGAUUGAGUUGUAGUCAGUUCCGAACUAUCCAGUCAUUCAUGAUUUAUAUUUUUUAAAUGUAGUUUGGUGCAUUUGACCAAGAAACAUCUCUCCAGACCUCCUGCCUAUAGUAUGUAAACCUCCCAUUCAAUGGUAAUGGUGUUGAUGUUGUACAUUUAAGUAAACAUGUUGAUAUGUGUGAGGAAUGUGUGAGCUCUUAUUGCAAGAUGACCCGUUACUCACUUGUACCAGGGUACUAGCCGCACAGACCUCCUCAGCUGACACCAUGGAGGUCUGUGUGGCUAGCACUAUGGUCCUCCGUAGUCCCAACUGUGGGGUCUGUGGUUAGCACCGUGGUCCUCCAUAGUUCAGCUGUGGGGUCUGUGGCUAGCACUGUGGUCCUCCAUAGUUCCAGUUGUGGAGGUCUGUGUGGCUAGCACCGUGGUCCUCCAUAGUUUCAGCUGUGCAGGUCUCUUUCCACAUACUCAUACCUUUCUCCAGUGAUUUAAAAAAAACUUUUCUACUUGACUUCAAAAGUCCUGUACCUGCAGCCUUGUGUUGGUUGUAUAUAUCUGUGUGCUUCUGGUUCUGAACAGAUUCAGUGACUGCCAAAAGAAUAGAACACCUUGUCAACAGGAACUCUGAGGGUGUAUGAAACACUUCUGUAGUUUCCUGUUUCUGGAUUGACUUAGAAAAUUCAGGAAGUUACUACCAUGAAAUAUACAUUAAAGAAAGACUAGGUAUUGUAGUUUCUUGCCUUUUGUAUUUACCUUGAUGAGAAACAUAAUUAAAAACAAAACACUCAUCCAUAUGUCAACAAUAAGGCUCUAAUUUGAUGCCCUCUAAGUCAACAGUCCUUCCAAAUGUUCUAUGAAAUUGAAAAAAUCACGAUCUGAAGAGGGAAUUGUAUGGAUGCAAUGUUUCCUGUUAAGAAGUAAACGUCUGAAUAACACAGUGAUGUACCAGCACUCGGGGGAGAUCAGAUGAGAUGAACCUGGCCAUUAUUUCAAGAAUUCUCCAUUAAUUAUUGAAGGAUUAGAAUGUGUGAUGUAUAUCUCCUCAGAGUUCAUUGGUUGUGAGGAAGGUGUUACAUGUAGCUAGCUUCAAGAGAUGUAGUACAUUGUCUGCUGCUGCGGUGUGGAUGCGGUUACCAUGUUGUACAAAGCGUGUGCUCGAAAUGAAUGACUGAGGGAACUGAUCCCUCAAGUGAAGAUUUGUCAUUACUGUACCGAUACGUAAAUAUAAACCUGUCUUGUCAGUGUACCAUCUAGCCCGAUUCAAUAAACGCAAUAUGUAAAACAUGA